AUGCCCGCCGCUGCGCCGCCGUCCGCCGCCUCCUCCACCCCGCCCCAGGCGCCGUCCUUCGCCGACGCCCUCAAGUCCAUCCGCGCCAUGCCGGCCACCGCCAUGGCGUCCAGCGGCGUGCCGCCCGGCGGCACGCAGACCAAGAUGCGCGGCAGCACGUCGCAGCCGCAGCAGCCGCAGCAGUCGUCGGCGCCGCCGCAGCAGCAGCGCCCGGCGCAGCAGCAGUCGAACCUGUUCAGCACCAACUCGCGCGCCUACGACGCCCAGGCCUCGGCGCUGCUGCACUCCGGCGGCGACAUGGUCAGCGCCGCAUUCAGCUCGCUGCGCAGCACCGUGCGCGGCGGCCGCGACAUCGUGCUCGACCUCAAGGCGCUCGUCGACAUUGCCGCGCAGGCGCUCAAGGGCCCCGAGCCGCUCGACGACCGCAAGCUGCUGCUCGAGGAGACCGUCGCGCUGCUCGCCAGCACGGCGGGCACCAAGGUGUCGACGCUGAUCGAGCACCAGCUCAUCGACACGCUCUAUCAUGACCUGCCGCACCCGGCGUCGACGCUGAUGCGCGCGCCCUUCCGCGCCGCCGACGGCUCGGGCAACAACCCGUUCCUGCCGGACGUCGGCAAGGCGCGCAUGCCCUACGCGCGCUCGGCGCAGCGCAUCGAGAGCUACGACGUGCUGCCCGACCCGGCCCUCGUCUUCGACAUGCUCCUCGGCCGCCGCGGCGACUUUGUGCCGCACCCCACGGAGAUCUCGAGCCUCCUGUUUGCGUUCGCCACCGUCAUCAUCCACUCCAUCUUCGACACGUCGCACGACGACCCGCAGGUGAACAACACGUCGUCGUACCUCGACCUGUCGCCCGUCUACGGCAACAACGAGGCGCAGCUGGCGCAGAUCCGCACCAAGAAGGACGGCCUGCUCUUCCCCGACGCCAUCUGCGACGGCCGCAUGGCGCUCAUGACGCCCGCCACGACGUCGCUCGCCAUCCUCUUUUCGCGCCAGCACAACUACAUCGCCUCGCAGCUCAAGCAGAUCGACGAGGGCCAGAUCGUGUCGUCGUUCACCGACGAGGCCAAGCGUGACGAUUACCUGUUCGGCACGGCGCGCCUGGUCAACUGCGCGAGCUUUGCGCAGAUCAUCCUUCGCGACUACAUCCCGGUCAUUCUGAACCUCACGGGAGACCAGUGGUACCUGGAUCCCGCGCCGGACAUCCGCAAGGUCGACGGCAGCCGCUCGGACCGUGCCGGAGGGAAUCACGUGGCCGCCGACUACCGCUGGCACAGCGCCGCGUCGCAGGAGGACGAGGCGUGGCUCGAGGAGGGCUUUGCCGAGCUCUUCCCCGGCAAGCAGGCCUCUGAGGUGACGCCUGCCGAGUUUAAGGCGUCCUACCCGCGUCUCCUCGAGAAGCUCGGCAAGGACCCCAAGCAGUGGCAGCUCCACUCUUGGGAGCGCGACAUCGACGGCAAGUUCGACGACGGCACGCUAGCCGAGACGCUCUUCAGUGCCACCGAAAACGUCGCCGGCGCCAUCCGCGCGCGCGGCAGCCCGCAGUGGCUGCGCGCCGUCGACAUGAUGGGCAUCGACUCGGCCCGCGCGUGGGGCGUGUCAACCCUUAACGAGCUACGUUCGUUCCUAAACCUCAAGCGCCUCGAGUCGUUCGAGGAGUGGAACCCUGACCCUGACAUUGCUGCCGCGGCGCGUGCCCUAUAUGGUCACGUCGACAAGCUCGAGCUUCUGCCCGGAAUGCUUGCCGAGCAGGCGAAGCCUUCAAUGCGUGGCUCGGGCCUGUGUCCCGGUCACACCAUCGGCCGAUGCAUCCUCAGUGAUGCUGCUUCGUUGAUCCGUGGAGACCGCUUCCUCACGACGGACCUCUCGUCGAAGGCACUUACGUCGUGGGGCUACGACUACGCCAUGACGCCGCUCAAGAACAGCACUGGCCUCGUCGCCAAGCUCUUCAUGAACACGCUGCCGCAACACUCGCAGGCCAACUCGAUCUACACGCAGUACCCCUUCCACGUGCCCAGCAAGAGCUUCAAGAUCAUGGCCGACAAGGGCACCGCUCAGCAGUACUCGUACGGCCGGCCGGAACCCGCGCCGCGCGUGCAGGUCGCCAAGGACCCCAGCGCCAUCGCCUCGGUCCUCAGCGACCCGCAGCGCUUCAAGCCCAUGACACGCACGGUGCCCGGCCUCCACGGCGACAUCCCGCACCUCGUCAUGGCCGAGGCCUCCGACGCACGCCUCAGCCCCAUGGCCGCGGCCUUCUCCGAGGCCGUGGCCUCCGAGGCUUCGAGCUACCUCGAGACCCGCACGGUGAACCUGAUCGGCACCGGCCGCCACACUCUGUACGGCCGCAACGAGUCGCUGCUGGACGUGCUCGCCGUCACCGGUCCGGCGCUGACCUACGUCGCCGCCGAGCUGCUCGGCCUGCCCGUGCGCGGCUCGCACAUCCCGGCCGGCAUGGUUAACCGCGCGCCCAGCGAGACCGAGCUCUUCUCGGGCUGCAUAGACACGUACGGGCGCAUCCAGGCGAGCCACGGCCUCAGCCCCGGCCAGGUCGAGCUCUUCAGCGCAGCCAAGAGCGUUGCGAUGCAUACCGUCAUUUCGGCGCGCAUCUUUUCCGUCGCCACGCCCGGCAUCUCGCAGCUGCUGCCGCUCAUGGAGAUCGGCGCCGGCCUGCUUGGCGCCGAUGCCCACCUCUUCAACCCUGCGCACAUGGCGAGGAAGCUCAUCGGCGCCCUGCUGGCUUCUGGCAUGAGCCACGACGCGGCCGCACACCAGCUGCACGCGCUGCUGCUCACCAUCGUCGGCGCCGGCUCGCUCGCGGCCGCGCUCGUGCUCGACUUCUACCUCGAAGAGGAGAACUCGCGCCACCUGACCCGCCUGCACGAGCUCGCCGUCUCGCCGUGGGAUGCUGGCCUCAAGCGCGAGUUCACAGGAUACCUGCUCGAGGCCCUGCGCCUCAGCCCGGUCCAGGCCACGAUGCCCCUCGUCGCAACCGAGGCGGCCGGCCUCAACGACGGCAACCUGCGCCUGCGCUUCGACCGCGGCGACGUGCUGCUCCUGCCUCUGUCGCAGGUGGGUCAGGACGAAGGCAUCGACGUGCAGCCGCGCCGCGCGAUCGACUCGUACCGCCUCUGCGGCCUCGGCGCCAACGCACUCGUGCCCAUGACGAUCCUGCCGGCGCUGCUCAAGCCCAUCUUUGCGCUCAAGGGCCUGCGCCGCGCGCCCGGCUCGACGGGCCGCUUCCCGAGCUCGACGACGGAGCAGGGCGCGCGCACCUACUUCCACGGCGGCAAGCCCAGCGCCGUGCCGCAGUCGCUGCAUGUGCUGUACGCCACGGAUGCGACGCCCCGCCUCCACGGCAACGGCCGCGUCGUCUAA